UUACAAUUCACCGGGUCAAUUCACCCACAUAAAACCGGUCGUAUAACUCUCUUUAAAAUGUCGUACAGCGCAUUGUCUAAAAAAAGUCGUAACCCCUAUGAGACUCUGGAAAGAAUGUUAAACAAAACAACGCUAUCGACUCAGCGUGUCGCUCAUUCAAACAUCGUGGAACUAGGUGCGCAUAUGGUUUCAACGAAAGCUGGUGAUUUCCAAGAGGAACACGAACGAGAACUGCAGAAUGCUGUUGACGAGGCAGAAGAACGAGCCACCAGAGAACUGAAAGCAGCACUGAAACGCUUGAAGGAAGACAAAGACCACGAGAAAAACAAAGCCCUGAGGAACCAGAAAGAGUACUACGAGAACAUCCAAAGACGUGUUGAGGACCAACGCAACAGGGCAGAGGAAGAACGUGAGCGGGAACUGACUCGAAAGUUUGAACGGGAGAAAGAAGAGGCUCUGAACCAGGCGUGGCAGGCUGCCGAAAGACGAAAGGAGGAAGCAGUUGCAGUAGCAUGUGAGGAACUGGCGCGAAAACUUCGCCACGAGGCCGCUGUAGAAAAAGAGAAGGCAAUUGCAGAGGCAUUACGAGUGGCUAAGGAAAAAUAUCUUAUUCGUGAACGUAACACGAUCGAGAAAACCCGCCGUGAGAUGGAGGAAAUAGCCAAACAGGAGGCAGAGAGAGUGGCUAAACUCCACCAGAAAGACAUCGAACGCUGCAAUGAGAGGUACGACAUUCUGGAGAGGAAGUGGCUGCGAGAGAUUGAGCACCGCAAGAAUGUAGAACAGGACUUCAGGGAGCUGCAGGACGACUACCGGCGGUUCAUGGACUACACGGACGGCAUGUUCCACUCGGACUACCUCAUGCAGCUGAGACACCUGGGUCAGAAGCUCGCGGAGAAGCAACUCUCGCGGGUCACGUAUGACGACAUCGAGAAGAAAUUCGAAGAGGACUCUGAAGCACCGGAAUUUUAGUCCCUCAACUCUGGAAAGUUCAUUGAAAGUUAGAAUUUUUAGUUGCUUAGGUCUGAUUUUAUCUUUGGGAAGCAUAUUAUGACACUAGAAAAUUAUAAAUGUAAGUCGCUCAGUUCUAGAAUGAUCUCCUAAAAACGUAUGGUGACCAUUGAAGGUCAGGUAUUUUAUGGCUGUUUUUAAAAUGGCUUUGAGCUGGGGGCUUUUGCUUAAUUUGGUACUCUUUUUAUGAGGAAUAAAGAAGGUCCUUGUGAUUUACUUUGUUCUUAGGUCUGUGUUUGUUUGCUACUGAAAAUAGGAAAAAAUCGUUAUCAGUUCAGCUCUCCUAUUGACAUUCGGACUGUGUUUUGAGGAUUUGUAAAUUAACCCAUUUAUACCUAGUGGACUCUCCCAUCCUUUUAAAUUGGAUCAAUUUAUUUCCAAAAUUAGGGAUGUCUAGUAUAUUUAUUUCUAUAUUUAGAAUAUUUUUUACAGAAAUUCCUUUAAGCAAACAGCGCAGACCCAGAUGAGAGGCCGCAUCAUGAGGCUUCUCAUCUGGGUCUACGCUGUUUACCAAGGCCUUUUUUCUAGACGCGAGGCAUAAGUGGGUAAAAAUAAAAUCACAGGCCAUCAAAAUGGUGAAAUAUUGUAGAUGAAAAAGGCCUGUGCUAAAAGUACAGUGCUAUGCAAUUUUGUUAAAUUGAAGCAAUUGAUUUUAGCCUCCAAAUUGAAGUGUUCCUCUCUUCAUGUCACAGCCAUAUAAAAUAUGUCUUGUUCAGUUUGUAAUUUUUUUUUGUUUAGUUUGUAAUUUAUCUUGUUCAACUUGUAAUUUAUAUUGUUCAAUCUCUUAGUGCUGAUGGAAUAACCAUGGUUGUGAUAAUGUGGAAGGAAUUUGAUUUAACAAUUAAGAACCCAGAAAAUAUUUGUGAUUGAAUGCAAUAAUUUAAUGAUUCACAUCGCUGUUGUAAAACAGCAAGGCAAUUACUAGUCAUCUAUAUUCAAUCUCAUUCAGAGAUAGACAACUCUUUAGAGACUGCAUGUUAUCUUUUAUUGUUAGGUUACUUCCCUUUACAAUUCAGCUUUUUUGAAGAAAGAAAAGUUCAAUUUGCAUGCACAUAGAACAAUUUUAUGGAGUGCUUUUGCUCUAGAGUUAUAGGUUUUUUAAUCUUCUUAAUGCCUCUCUCGUGACAUGGGUAUACUAUUAAAAUGGAUUAAAAUGUACCUCAAUAAGUAUUAUUGUAAUGGCUUUGUUAGCCCUUUCCCACUUAGAAGCAAAGUAAAAAUGGCUACAUGUACGUACAAAGAGCAUAAAACCAGAACAGCGUGGGAGUAACUUGCAGUCUGUUCAGGUUUUAUGCUGUUUGCUGCUCAUCAGUAUCUUAGGGUAAAAAAGGAAGCCUUUAAAACUUGAAUCUUGUAAGAAAGGUCUUUUAAAUUAAAUUUAACUUUCUAAGGGACUAAAUUGGUCAAAAUACGCCUCUAAGUGGUAAACUCACGCACAAACAAAUUAAUUCACAAGUGCAAGGUUAAUGUUUUCAAACUAUAUCACAAAGGAGUUUGUUUAUGAUCAUGUUUGACUAAACCGGUUUUAUGAGAGUUGAACUGCAACAUGAAACUGUCAUAUUCGCUAAGUAUUUCUUUCAAAGAUAUAUGGAGAUUAUUGUAAUUUAUCAUGUUUAAUGCAAAACCAUAUAAAUGUGCAUCUGAUGUUUUGUUGAGGGUUGUGGUGUUGUUUGGAUUUAAGCACUCGUUUAUCAAUAUUAAGUGGAUAUUAUAUUUGUCCAAUUAUGUUUUGCCAUUUUUCUGACAUUAUUUAAAAAAAUAACAAAUAAAAAUGGCUGAUAUAAAACAUGAAAUGAUAUUACUAGAAUAAACAAAUUGAUGUCAUUAUACUGCCAGUUUAGCUGUUUUUAACAAGUUGGAAAUAUAUCAAACCUUAUGUUACAGGUAUUUCUUUUUUUGACAUGAGUUGUUUUGUUUGUAUUUUACUAUUGGUUUUAUUUCAUCAAUUCAAUCCAUCAACCCUUUAAUUCAAUAAAUAUGUGUUGUGAUAAGGGACCCUUGUUCCGAUUAAUAAAUAUUAUAAUAGUGCUUAUUAUGCGAUGGUUGUGUGUUGGUGUCAUUUUUAACCUAUGCAAAAAUCAAUUUUCACUGUUAAUUUUAAUUUUUAAUUUGUUUUUGUGUUAAAUUUUAUCUGCAAAAUUUGGAUUACUUAUAUUAAAUUGAGAAAUAGAAGUAAAUGAAACAGCUUUGUGAUUAUAUUAGUCAUGUUCUGAAAAAACUGGGCAUAAUGCAUGCGCGUAAAGUGUCGUCCCAGAUUAGCCUGUGCAGUCUGCCUAGGCUAAUCAGGGACGACACUUUCUGCCUCAAUUGGAUUUUUGCUAAAAGAGAGACUUCAUUUUAACGAAAAAUGUCAUAAAAGCGGAAAGUGUCGUCCCUGAUUAGCCUUACGACACUUUACGCACAUGCAUUAUGCCCAGUUUUCUCAGAAUGAGACUCAUAUGUAUGAAAAAUAAUUUUUCAUGUACACGUAUAUUCAUAUUUUUAGCCAUGGUUUGGGAAAACUGGGCUUAAUUUAUGUGCGUAAAGUGUCGUGCACAGGGUAGUCAUGGAUGACAUUUUCCCCUUAAAUUUUAGUUAACUGAAAAUCCAGUUCAGACAAACUGCACAGGCUCAUCUUCUGCAACACUUAAUGCUGAUGCAUUAACCCUUUUAGCGCUGGAACCGAAUCUUAAAGGCCUUUGCAAACGUGGCGUCUGAUCAAACUGUUUGCUAUUCUGAUAGUGAUCUUUGAAAAAAAAGUGAAGAAAAUGAUUAUUUUAGAAAUUCAGCAGACACCAGUUUUGCAGACGACAAAUAUCCCAGCAUGCAAAGGGUUAACCUUAGUUUGUCCAGAACGUGGCUUUUGUUGUACCUGUGGUUAGCUUUGUAGAAGCUUUUAGUGCCAUGUGUAUAUAAUGGUCCUGUUUUGGAUGAUUGAUGCCUUACAUGAAAAUCUUAUAAUAAUGAACUGUUGUUUUGUAAAAUAAUUUGCUUAAAGUGCUUUGGAUGUUAAUCCAGAGAAAGAUAUGCGCACAUAUUUCAGUAAAGUAAAGUUAUACAAAAAAUUGAUUCGAAUGUGAAAUUUAGUCAUUUCUUGUUUUGAUUAGGGAGUUAAGCUUCAAUAUGUCAAAAUAAAAUAAAAACUUAGUAUGUAUAUACAAUUUUUGUUUGUUUUGAUUAUAUAUUAUAUUACAUAUCAAAUUGUAUUAGUUUGCUUUUGAGUGUAAAACGGUGAUCGGGGAUUCAGUAUUAUAAAUUAAUAGCACAUUUUUACAUUAUUUAUAAUAUAUAUUCUUUUACAGUAUAUAUUGUAGAAAGUAGGUGGUAUUUUUGCUGUUCUUUUACGUAUAUGUAUUUUAUUAUGCAGUCAAAUUGUAUCAUCACUUCAUUUAUUUUUUUGCUAGCUAUUUAUUUGUAGAUUGUAAAUCAUUCUUUAGUCUAAGAAAGCUUGUUAUGUCAAUGCCUGUAGCACACUGAUUAGUUUGUUAGCUAAAAAAAGUACACAUAGAGGUCGACCAUAGUGGGUCAUUAAUAGUGCAAUACAAUUGCUUUAAGCGCAAAUUUCGAGUUUUGACAAGAAAAAGACAAACACUAGAAUCAACUGCCAUCUUAAACUUAUAAAUGUUACGUUAAAGUUACAUAGCUCGCAAAUGUGACAAUUUUUCAUGUGCAGAUAACCAUGUCUAUUACUUUUUUAAGCAUUAAAAUUAAAAUAAACAUAUAUUAAAAUCAUGAUUUUGCUAGGAAGUGGAAAUAAACUAGAUUUAAUUUUCCUGUAUUUAUGGAUUUAUUUCGUUUUGUUGUUUAUGCUGAAUAUCUUUGAGGAUUUAUGUCAGCCAGCUUCAUGUUAAUUCAAAGAGAUUUGUACUAAUGCACUUUUGAAUUUGAUUCAAUUGGUAUAUUAACAAUUGUUUUGUUAUGCAAUUCUUGAAGGGAUAAUCCCUUGUCAAAUUGUGGUUUUCUUGGAGAGAAAAAAAAACACUUGAACAUCUUUGCAAAUUUUAUUAUGAAUAAUUUGUGGUAUAAAAUGUUGCAUAUAUUUUUUCAGCUUCAUGUAACUAGCGUUCAUUAUUGCCUUAUUCACUUUUGACCCUCAAAAGAAUUUUUUUUUUUUUGAUUACAUGAAAUAUAAGAUGUAAUUGGAGAAAAGUUACCUAUGUACUGAAGCUUAAAAUAAAAACCCAUUAAAAUAUACACCGGUUUUUCAGAUAACAUCUACUUCUCUGCUAUUUUUACUGCUGUAAAGGCUGUGAAAUGAGUAUCCUAAAUCUAAAAUAGAUCACGAACAAUAAAUGACCUUGUAUUUUAUGAUGUUAUUCUCCUCAUGCGUAGAAUAUAGAAACAUAAAUACAUGGGUUAUCUUUCAAAUAUUCAGGUUGCACCAUUUUCAAAGCUGUUACAUUGUUUAACAAAUAUUCUGUAUAAGAUGAUCACAUUAUCAAAGCUGUUACAUUGUAUAACAACAGGUUGCACCAUAAUCAAAGCUGUUACAUUGUAUAACAACAGGUUGCACCAUAAUCAAAGCUGUUACAUUGUAUAACAACAGGUUGCACCAUAAUCAAAGCUGUUACAUUGUAUAACAACAGGUUGCACCAUAAUCAAAGCUGUUACAUUGUAUAACAACAGGUUGCACCAUAUUCAAAGCUGUUACAUUGUAUAACAAAUAUUCUGUAUAAGAUUAUCAAUAUUUAGGUUGCACCAUUAUCAAAGCUGUUACAUUGUAUAACAUAUAUUCUGUAUAAGAUGAUCAAUAAAGUUUUGCCAUUGUAAUAUUUCCCCACACAAUGAACAAAAGAAUAUGCAGUACUUUUUAAGAUAGACUUAAUGAUGGUGUCUUUUUCCUAUGGAAAAUAUUGAAUGUGAUAUGGGAACUGUUUGGCCAAUAUAAUUUCUUCCAAGUAAGCCUUUUAUUAAUUUGGCCUUCAGUUUAUCAAGGCCAUCAAAAUAUUCUACCUUAAAUUAUUGCCAAAUGAUUGGGUAAUCAUUUUGCGCAAUCAAGCUUGCCAGCAUGUUAUCCAUUCACCGACUUUAUGGCUUUUGUUAUAUUUGUCAUAACAGAAGUACUAUACCGAUUUUGAUAUUGGUGGAUGAAAAGCGGAUUUGGUAUGCAUAUGAUCUGACAUAAUAAUAGUCAACGGUGUUUUAUUCAUCAUGUAGAUGAACUACUCAUGGUGCACAAUUGUGAUAUAAAACGGUGUAAUGGUUAAAAUACGUAAUGCACUAGCUGUCUUCAAUCAUGUUAAAUAGGCUGCGGUCUCAACACGCUACUUACUGGUCUAUUUGUUGAAUUGUUUUUGUUAUUGAAUAUUUGUUGCUUUGUUAUGAAAAUGUAUUUUUGAAAAAUAAAAAAGUGGAAAAACUCA